AUGUCUAUGAACUUUGUCACCUUCAACCAAGAUUACAGCUACCUAGCUGUCGGCACCUCCAAAGGAUUCCGGAUCUUCACAACGGAUCCCUUUACCAAAAGCUAUGAGACCAAAGAUGGAAACAUAGCGAUUCUGGAAAUGUUGUUCUCAACAUCGCUGGUGGCUCUGAUCUUAUCACCCCGCCGACUUCAGAUUACAAACACCAAGCGGCAAUCCACCAUAUGCGAGUUGACCUUUCCAACGACCGUGUUAGCGGUCAAGCUGAAUCGGAAACGACUUGUGAUAGUGCUCGAAGAUUACAUCUAUUUAUACGAUAUUCAGACGAUGAAGCUUCUUUCGACAAUUGAGACAUCGCCUAAUCCGAACGCAAUCUGCGCGUUAUCGCCCUCUUCGGAUAAUUGCUAUCUGGCCUAUCCACUGCCACAGAAAGCACCACCGUCAUCGUUUGCACCUCCAGCACAUGCCCCGCCCAGCACGACAAAUCAUAUAUCACCCACCACUGGUGAUGUGUUGAUUUUUGAUGCUGUAAAGUUGGAAGCCAUCAACGUUAUCGAGGCUCAUCGAUCUCCUCUGUCUUGUAUCACUCUGAACAGCGAGGGCACUCUUUUGGCUACGGCUUCAGACAAAGGGACUAUUAUUCGAGUGUUUUCCGUCCCUGAUGGUCAUAAGCUUUAUCAAUUUCGACGCGGUUCCAUCCCAUCUCGCAUAUAUAGCAUGUCAUUCAAUACUAUGUCAACACUUCUCUGCGUCUCCUCGGCGACAGACACUAUCCACGUGUUCAAAUUGAACAGCCAAGGACCUAACCCAGACGGAAGCUCGAGGUCACCUACGUUAGAUCGACCCAUCAGCCCUAGUUCAGGCGACUAUCGGGACGAACAAGACGAAUCAGGCAUGGACGCAUCCGAUUUCAGCUCGAGAAAGCAUAACGGCACAUUAAUGGGUAUGCUCCGACGUACGUCCCAGAAUGUGGGAAAUACUUUUGCUGCUACCGUGGGAGGUUAUUUGCCCAAAGGGGUCAGCGAAAUGUGGGAGCCUACACGAGACUUUGCCUGGAUGAAACUGCCAAAGUCCGGACAGGGAUCAGGAGGCCAGGCUACCGGUCCUGUGAGGAGUGUUGUAGCUAUGAGCAGCAAUACACCUCAAGUCAUGGUAGUAACUAGUGAGGGCAAUUUCUAUGUGUUCAAUAUCGACCUAUCGAAAGGCGGUGAGGGAACAUUGACCAAACAAUAUUCUGUGCUUGAUGCCAAUGACAAACUUGGAUCAUCGGGCUUAGACUAUUGA